GUUUUAUCUCAGAAUAAAUUUUUAAAUAUCUGAUACCUACUAGUCCAGGAUGAAUCUGAAGGUUGGAAUUCUUCUUUUGGCCGCUUCAUUGAUUGCAGUCUGUUAUGGGGACAGCUGCAGAAAUAUUGGAUGUAGAACAUUCGAUUUGACUGCCUUCGACUGCCAAUGCAAUAGAAAGUGCAUAUAUUAUGGAAAUUGCUGCAGUGAUUACAGCGCAUUGUGUGACACAGCCGCUUCAUGUAGGGGACAAAAGUGCGAUGAUGCUAGUGCACACGAUCAUGACAGACCUUGUCAAUGCAACGAACACUGCUUUGAACAUAAUGAUUGCUGCCCUGAUUACCCGGAAGCUUGCGAUGUUGUUGAUGCCCUUCACUUCUUUUGAAAUAUAUUGCAACACCAACAGAAGAAUCGUGGCAAUGGACGAUGAAACGAUUACGUGAUUUAACAAAUUAUUAAAUCAAAUAAUUAAGAUUGACUAAUUUCAAUAAAUAAACGAAUAAAUUCUCGUGUGAAUAUCUUAUAAGAACGAGCAGUAGAGCAGAAGAUUUUGAUUUCGUUACACUUAAACUCCAAUAUAUAUAGAUAUGUCGUUCAAUUAAACUUGCUGGUGACAUGGAAGUAUACAAUAUUAUUGUCACAAUACAGAUUUCAAAUUGCUCGAGGCAUUGGCGGAAUAUAUUUGAAUGAAUAGAUUGAGCAUUUAAAAAAACACCUUGAGCAUAACCACAUGAGCAAAUAUGAAAUGAUAUUGCACGGCGCUUUAAACCAGACUAAUUCCAAUCGUAACUUUCCGUUAAAGCGACCUUGUACACAACGUGUACCUGUUUUCGAAUUAUACCACAAAUAUGCAGACUUGUCCAUGGGAAACGUUCCAUGGGAUGGAACAGUACACAUUUGUAUUUCCCAUGCUACACGAAAACCGUAUGAUUUUCAAGGAAAUGAUGAUAAAACGAUUCGUUAUAAACUUCGUGUUCAUAUAUUUGAGCAUAGCUCUUUCGUUAGUUAUAAAGAGCAAAAUAUAUUCAGCAUUAACAAUAUACUUCGUGGAGGGGCUGAUGGAACCAUGUAUAAUAGUUAUGAAU